CACGGAACUGCGCCGGAGCAUCGACAUGACAUGCAUUCACUGGCCUAGGUAGUUGCGACUUGCGACAUCGAGAGAGUCCUUGUUUCAAGAAUCUAGCGACCUAAAAGACAGGCAUUAUGCUUAUCAGGCUGCCAAGAGGCUCAAAAUGGAAAGUACGCAUUGUGUUUAGCAUUGUUGUUUGCUUCUUAAGUUUAGCACUGAUCAGCAAGUGGGUUUAUGUAUCAAAGAUUCGAGGAACUCCCUACCUACGUGUUCCUGCUUUUUUGGUAGGCCAGAGGAAUAAUGGCCUGCGACUGGGAAUUCCUGUUUACGCAGACACUAAACGAGAAGAACUAUUUAAGCCUGUUCAGAAUUUCAACUCUGAGCAAGAUCGCACUCUUAAUUUAACCUUGAAUCGUGUCCAGCAACUGCGGAACGUUGCGAUGAACCAACCGGACAGCGCAGAGAUGACUUAUCGUGAUCGUGCAGGUGAAAUCCUUAAGAACUCAGCUGGGAAAAUUUUCAACGUAUUCAUUUGGGAUGAAAUCUGCGGAGAAAGUCUAGACAAUCUUUUCAAUUAUCCUUUAUUCCCCUACAUGCCUUCUAGGAAGCGCUUUUCUAAGAGUUUCAAGCUUCCUAAUUACGGUAAGAACUAUGCGGUGUGGUUGGUUGGUUACAUGAUACCAUUCUGUAGCGGAAACUUUCGCAUUGAUCUGAAGAUUAAAAGUGGUAACUCUGAAGUUUGGAUAAGCGAUGACCAGACGAGGGAGAAAUUAAAGCAAAUUAUUAGAACGAACGCGGAAGGUAAAAAAACAAAGGGGGAACUUAACCUUGAAAAAGAUCGAAAGUAUUACUUUGAAGUCUUUCAUAAACAGGGUCAUGGUACCCAAAAUGUUGAAAUAGUUAUAAAGCACCAAGAUGCCUCAUGCAGGAGAAACGAGCAAUCUGUCACAUUUGAACCUUACAUUCCCACGGAAACUAUAUGGGGUUACAAAACCCCUGCUGUAGAGUUCAAGCCGGAUUUGCUAAAGAGAAUGAAAGAGAAGGCAACUCCUACAGCAGCUGGAACACAUUCUUUAAGAGAUGAAAUUUUUAAAAUUCCGUUUAUAGAUGAAGCAGAUAUAGCAGAAAUUUUACCAAAGUGCACAUAUAAGCCUAGUUACAUAGUACAAAAUCAUUUAAACAAGUANCCCCAAUUAGCUGUUUAUAAGCUUAAUUUUGCAAACCAACAUUAA